GUGAGGUAGAAAUCAUGGAGGCGGAAGGAGCGGGUGGUGCGGCCUAUGAUGAUCGCCUGUAUACACGACCUUGUAAAUCCGACUUUUAAAUAAUGCCAGUGGAAUCCCUGCUUAAAUCGUACCCAGAUAAUUAGUCUGUAGCGAUACUCGACCUUGUCAAAAGUUCGAUCGAGUUAUCGAUAUUGUCAGCCAAUUUAUUGAUUGUGUUUAACUUCAGAAUCAUUGAAUGUGAGUUUUGUGCAUUUAAAGGAAUAGCGAAGAGUUUUCAGUGAAAAAUGAAAUAAUAAAAACUAGUUAUGGUGAUUGUGUUGCCUUUAUAGAUACAUAUAAUGUGACAUACUCAUGUGUGUCGCAGAAGUUGAAAUUUAUAUAGCACACCUUCACAACAAAAACAAGCAAGAGGUUAAGCGAUAAGAGAUGACACGCCAUGCAAGAAACUGCACUGCGGGAGCAGUCUACACAUAUCAUGAAAAGAAGAAAGAUGCUCAGGCAUCAGGUUAUGGAACAAACACUCAGAGGGUGGGAAAGGAUUCUAUCAAAGAUUUUGAUUGCUGUUCCCUGACAUUGCAGCCUUGCAGAGACCCUGUUAUUACGCCAGAUGGGUAUUUGUUUGAUAAGGAAGCAAUUUUGGAAUACAUAAUAACAAAGAAAAAUGAAUACAGCAGGAAACUGAAAGAAUAUGAAAAGCAGAAGAAAAAAGAAGAGACUGAAUUAGCAGAAAUUGCAGCAGCAGAGAAAGAUUCGAAACUGAAUAGUUUCAUAAAAACUGAGAAGAAUAUAGUCAGCACACCAGUGACUGCAUUCAAAUCUGAUACAAAAAACAAUGACAAGCCGUCAGUGUCCAACAUGACAGAAGGACGUGACAAACACCUACCAAGUUUUUGGAUACCUUCAAAGACUCCAGAAGCCAAAGAAACCACAUUAAAGAAGCCCGAUAAAACUAUUUACUGCCCUAUAAGUGGCAAGCCACUGAGGGUCAAGGACCUCAUUAACGUAAAAUUUAAAGAAGUGAAUGAUCCUGAUGACAAGAAACCACUUGUUGUCAAAAAAAGUCGAUAUAUGUGUGCUGUUACUCAUGAUGUCCUGAGUAAUUCUGUCCCUUGUGCUGUUAUUAGAACAACGGGAGAUGUGGUAACAAUGGAAUGUGUUGAGAAGAUAAUUAAGAAAGACUGGCUUCACCCACUGACCAAUGAAAAACUCACAGAAAAGGAUAUUAUUCCAAUGCAACGGGGUGGAACAGGAUAUUCUAUUACUAAUGAUAAACUGCAAGGGAAGCACGAACGACCAGUCUUACAGGCAUAAGGAAAGGUUUAUCUUGUCCAUAUUUUCUAUUUUGGUGAAGAAGGCCAAUGAUGAUUCUUUAAACCAUGUUUAAAAUAGACAUGUUCAGUUUUUUUUCUUUUUGAAGCAGUGGUUUUCUAAAUGUUACAGGUACCAUGAGUUCUUCGUUCUAGUACUAAUUAAAAUUUUGUAAGAGUGAAAUUUUACAUUUAUAGUUUGUAGAUAGCUAUAUUUUCCAGUAAUUUUCCUGUAAAACUUUCUCAUGAUGGUAAUAAAGAUAUUCUUUUUAUUGCUUCAAA